UAGGAGGGGACGAGCAGCGGAGAUUGGACACCCACUGGAGUCUGUAAAGCAGCAGCAGAGAGCAGGAGGCUUCAUUUUGAAUCGAUAAAUAACAUCAUCACUCUAAAUAUCGCUGAGGACUCGGAGAUGGGACAAACACAUUUGUUGUUGGCAGCAGAUCGCCAUAAAGCCAGCUUCAUGUUACCAAUGCCGUGCUUUCGAUUCCCUGCAGCCUGCAGCUCGGACUGUUUAAGUUAAACGGCUACAGGGAGCUGAUCUGCUCUGACUUACAGUCUUGAUAUUUCCAUCUGGACCUGGUGAUAUGAGAGGCUCCAGGAGACGGUGAUGGAGCUCCAGGAGUUGGGCUGGCUGUGUCUGGUGGGUCUCUUUCUAACUUCCCUGCUCAUUGUGCUGGGAUGGCUUUUCCAGUAUUUGCUGACCGUGCUGCGGCUGUGGAGAUCCAGGAAGACAGCCAAGCAGGACAAGAGAGAAACAGCCUGGCAGCAGCUCUCCAUCACUCAGCCUCACCACAGCCAGGCUGGAGGUGUGUGGGGCUUCCUGCUGAAGCUGCGCUCUUUCCGGGAUGGAGGUUCUGCAUCUGAGGCCGGGGUUAAAGGCUUGCUGACCUCCCUGCUGUCCUUCAAGUCCUUCAGGGAGCACUGGCAGAGGACCUGGGUCAAAGCUUUGAAUGAGCAAGCGUGCAGGCAUGGGAGCUCCAUCCAGAUCACUUUUGACAGCAGCCUCCAGUUAACCGCUGCCUCUGCAAUAGAUAGUGUGACCUGCACCGACCAAUCGCCACACCGAAUGGUUUUACACUGUAAAUGUUGGGUGGACACAGUGACGUUUCCUGUGACAGUCACCCAGCAGUCACCAGCUGCCGUUUCCAUGGACACCUAUCAGAUCACUAUAGCACCCAUGGUGGCAAAGGUGGUGGUGUGUCUGGAGGAGGUGGAGGACGAGGGUCUGCUGAUGUCCUGGACUCUUUCCAAGCAGCCAUCAUUCACUUUGACCGUGUCUCCGUGCAAGCUGCAGAGACAGGGUGCUGAGGGUGGGGCAGACCUGGACAUGAUUAUGGGACUGAUAGAAGACACUCUGUUCAGCACUCAGCCUGCCAUGGUCCUCAACCUCAAGACUUGCGCCUCCAGUCCUUUGACUCCUAUGGACCAUCUAUCGGUAGGACUGAACUCUGUACCCCAGAGUGUCUUGGUGAGACGACUACUGCUCCGGCAGCUCAGGGUGACCUUAAGUAAAGGUCAGUGGUCUAAAUCAGGGGAGCUGUGCUGUGUCCUGAGCUUGGACCAACCCUCCGCUGAGAGGACAACCCGCUUCCUGUCAAUGUCCAGCAGCACCAACGCCCCACUGGAAUGGAGCGAGGAAAUCAGUCUGGAGCUGGGCUUAGAGACCAAAGAGCUUAGAGUGCGACUUUUGGAGCGGAACGGCAAAAGAGAACAAUUUCUGCCGGGCCAUGCCUCUAUCGCCUUGGACCUCAGGAGCAAAAUUCCCACCGGACAACAUACACUGUCAAUAAGUCCCGGCCACGGCUUGGCACCAAACGCUACCAUCACAGUGGAGCUGCUAUAUGUGGAAACAGAGGAGCCCCGCAGCACCCACAACACUCUUCCACUACGCUCCGCACUCACGCCUACCAAGAAAGUGGAUGUGGACCGAACCAUAAUGCCAGAUGGAACCAUCGUCACCACUGUGACGACCGUCCAGUCUCGACUAAAACUGGACCGCAGUCCAGGUGACUCCCCUGUGCGUUCACCGUCCAAAGUGGAGGUGACUGAGAAGAAACCCACCGUCCUGUCAGAUGGCAGAAGCAGCACCAGUCCCAACCUCAGCACGAGCAGCCGCCUCUCUAAUGGCCUGGAUCCCGUUGCAGAGACGGCCAUCCGGCAGCUGACGGAGUCCGCCUCCAAAGUAGCACGGAAGACACCGACAAAGAGGAGCACGCUGAUCAUCUCGGGGGUGUCAAAGGUUCCGCUUUCAGAAGACAACUGUGCGUUAUCGAGCGGCUACGCUGCAGCCAUGGACGCAGCCAUGCAUGGCAACCAUUAUGGGGCGGGGCAUCACCAGGACCCAGAUGAAACCACGCCCUCCGACGCAUCGGAGCGCCCAUCUGUGGACGAUGUGGAAUCAGAUACUGGUUCCACUGGUGCCUUGGAAACCCGCAGCCUCAAGGACCAUAAAGUGAGCUUUCUACAGAGUGGGACAAAGCUGUUGUUCCGCAGAAGACAUCGAGAGAAGGAGUCCUGCCUCAGCCAAUCCCAUGAAGACAUCUCCAACAUGGGCAAUAACUUUGCUGCCGCUGCAGCCAUCAGCCGUAAAAAGUCUGGCAGCUUCUCCCGGCGUCUCAUCAAACGCUUCUCUUUCCGCUCAUCAGGCAAAUCAAAAAGCAAAGCUACCAACGGAGGAGCGAGCUCACUGGACAACUAAUUAUCAUUGUCAGGGCGAGACAUGGGUCACCCUGACUUAAACUUUGUUUAAAUGAAUCUGCCAUCACCGUCAGAAGAACAACUAAACCCUACAGGAGUCCAGUCUUGGACAGGCUGAACACCCCAGGCGGGUGUACGUCAUGAAAGGAGGACACCUCUGGGAGGUUUCCUCUAGAGAGAAAUAAACGCACCUUCAGGACAGAAGUCAUGUUUAAUCACAUCACUAAAGUUAAAAUGUGAUAUGAAAACUAUUUCUUUUGAGAAGAAAUCUGCUGCUCAGUGAGGGGACGGUAAUGGUCACAAUGAAAUGUCUUGCGCUCUGUUUGAACACUAACUAUAGUGGUAGUGUUUGACUCUGACCGAUGGUGGAAACGCUCUAAACUAUUUCAUGGUAUAAAAUGCCAGUAUGAUGCUAUUGGUUGCACUUUGGACUGUUUUUUAACAGCACAUGUAAAAAUCUUGAGUUGUAUAACAGUAAUUUUAUUAUUAUGUGGUUCUCAUAAAACAAGUGCUAUUUAUUUUAUCCCCAAAAAACAAGUCAUCAUAGUUGCAUUACACUGUAAAAUAGAGACAUUGCUGUGUGUUUUUCCCAUGCAACUGUAAGUUUAAACACAUAGUUUAAGUAAGUUAAGAAAAAGCAGUCUUUUAACUAAUUGCUUAUACGUUGGUUUUUAGGAUGUUGUUCAACAUUGUAUCUUAUAUAAGGGGCAGAAAAGGUAAUAUAUUUAUUGUACUUUUUAUGUUAUAAAGGUACUUUCUGUGGAAUAUCAUGAUGCAUUUCAGUUAGCUUUUGAAACCAGACAGCAUCUCGAUGAGACUCUUCAUGCCGGGCAAUAAGUUAAAUCUUUUUUCUGAUCAGGUCAUGUUCUCUUUGUGGCUACUGUUCACUCCAAGUAAGUCAAAAGUGCAUUUAUGCACAUUAUAGAAACUUAAGUUGAUGUUCAUGUGGACAUUUCAUUAUUGCAAUAACUAUCAGUAAUGUGCAGCAAGUCUGCAUAUAUUGCACGAAAUGUCUUUCAUGGGUUGCAGGCAAAAUCAUGUGCAUUAAAUCAUAAUCAUGAACGAAACAUUGAAAAAUAAAACAAUCUUGUAUUAAUAUUUAGGAGCAUUAUCAUAAUUCUUUUUUUUAAAAUAGAUUGGAAAAAAAACAGAACUUGGAUGCUCUGCUAAAAGUUUACAGUGAGGUAAUGGGUGGAGUGGGCAUACUCAGGACUAGAAAUGAAACUGUUAAACUGUUACUAGCAACUAGAGAGAUAUGAGGAAACUUGCAACAUACUUCAAAAGCCAACAGAACUGGUAUGUAAAAAUGUACAUACAUUUUCCCCCAUUUCUGUUUUGUCAGAGGAUAUCAAAAAAUCUUUUGACUGCAUUAAUUAUAGGACUUUAGAACAACCAAAUUAAAUGAUUUUGAUAACAUUUGCAGGGUUACCUGCAUCAAAAAUAUAUCUCAUAAAAGGGAUCACAGAGGUGUACUGCCCCGCUGUCAAACGGACUACGUGCUUUAACUACAACCACUCCAAACUGCUGAAGAAAUGAGAAAAGCCACUUCCUCGUCUAAAGACACAUUAUCUACAGUAUGCGGCUGGAAUGUGAAACAGAAAGCAGCUGCAAAAUUUAAGAUAUAUGAUUUCUGUUGUUAUAUUUGAAAUGUUUAAUUUAUUGCAAAUAAAUUAUUUU